UAAGUUCAUUUUUUAAAACAUAAUUAUAAUGAAAUGCCUGUUUAAAGUGGAGCUCCUUAGUUUUAGCAUUUGAUCUGUUAAAAGUUGGGUAGAAAUUAGCUUUGUGAAGCUCCUCUGUAAGCCUAACACCAACUGUGACCAUGUUUAUAUGCAUCCAACUGGGGAUUUGAUUCAACAAAAUGCUCACAAGUAAGAACAUUUUCUGAGAAGAUGAAGAUCCGGUGUCGGCAAACAGAUGCCCACUAAGGCUUCGUUCUCACAGCAGGCAAAUGUGACCGAUAUCUGACGUUUUCAUGGCAAUCUGAACGGCCCAAUUCUGAUCUUUUUCAACCGGAAAAUAAAUAAAUUAAUCAGAUACAUAUCCGGUCUGAAACGGAGGCAUGCGUCGUAGCUCUGCACUGGAAGAAAACAGAAGAGGGAUAAGUGGAAGUAAACAAUGACUGAAAAUGAUAAUUAUAAGAUUAUAAAAGAAAUCUGUGUCAGUGAAGUUCAUCACAUCACAAUCCCACUGCUUCAGUUCUGACUACGCAUCCAAACAGCCUUCCAUACAGAACAUGCAGUGACUUCUGUGCUGUUUUACGUAUGCUUUGUACGGAGGACUGAUCCGGCCAAAAUUGACAAGAAAAUAAUUUAGUGACAAAAUAAAAUUAAAAAUUACUAAAUAACUGAAGAAAUAAGUAAAUUGAAAAUGAAUAAAUAUUUGUAUAAAUAAAUGAACACUUUUUGAACUUUUCUGCGAACCUACAUAACCUGAUGCUGCUGAAUUUUGAGGCAAGAAAUGCUAUUUCUGCUCUAUUUAUAUUUUAAAUGUAUUUUAUUUCCACAAUUAUUUACUUUCACAUUUAUUUCAUUAUUGUCAAUUUUGGCAUUAUAAGUACUCCCAUAGAACAUACAAAAUUGGAUUUUGGUUGCUUAAAUAAGAGUAACUGUCUUCAUGUAGACAUGGUUACUGGUACUAACACAUAUUUUUAUUUUAAAUAUGAUCUUACAUACAGUACUUUGUAAAAGUUUUUAUUCCCUCAAACCUUUUUCAUAUUUUAUCAUCCUUUAGCUUCAAAUUUCAAUAUAUUUUAUUGGGAUUUAGAUUUUUGAUAAAUCAACUAAAAUUACCACAUAAUUCAGAAGUGAAAGGAAAAUGAUAAAUUAUUUUAAAAAUAUUUUAGAAAUAACCAAUUACCUUCAGAAGUAACAUAAUCAAUGAAGUCCAUCUGUGUGUAAUUUGUUUUAAAUAUAAACCCAGCUGUUCCGCAAAGGUCAAAGGUUUAUUACAGAACAAUCAGUCUCUCCAGGAUUUUACGGUUAUCUUUUAUUAAAAAAAUGUUUUUUUAUAUUACUUUAGAAAUAUUUUGAAAGAAUUUUGUGAUAUUUUUUCUUUUGCAUAUAGAAUUAAACAGGAUGAAAAGACAGAUUGGACACAUGAAUAGUUUUAUUCUUUAAAGAAACUAAAUCGCUUGGUUUCAGCAAACACUGACACAUUUUUAAAUUAAAAAAGAUAAAUGUAUUCAAGAAGCUUAAAUGAAAUAAUGACCAUAUCAAAGGUAGUUUGUUUAUAUUUUACUUGUGUAAACUUGUGAGUUUUGGUUGCCAUGUUGGGGCUGAAACAACUAAUCGGAUUAAUCGAUUAUUGAAAUAAUCAAUAAUAAUGGUUAAACUCUAAAAUGAACCAUUUACUGAAAAAAAAUCUACAUAUUUAAAGCAGGAAUUAAGUCAAAAAUAUAUACAUCAUCCAAUUUAGAUGAAAAUCUUUGUAAAUAUUUUCUACCCAGAACUCCUUGCGUGUCAAAGUUUGACCCCAGACUGCAGUAGACAUAAUAAACACUGCCACCUGCAGGUGAGAGUUGGCAUUACUUUUAUCCAAUGAUUUCGAUCAUUUUUUGCAGAAAAAAAUUAAAAUAAAGUCACAAUUAUUAAUUAUUGCAAAACCAAAAUUGUGAAUCGGAUGAUUUUGCGUGGAGGGUUGAACAUUAAAGGAGCAGAGAAAUGAGAUCUAAGCUAACUCUGGAGGAGCAACAGAAACUCACAGCUCAGGUGGGAAGAACAGCAUUAUUAAAAACCAUAAGAAGAAAAGUUUGGAAACACGUGACAGAAGGUGAAACUUUAAUAAACAAUUUUGGCAGAAAAAUUCCUACUGCACCCAAACUCCAUGUUGAAACACGGUGGUGGCAGCAUCAUGAUGUGUGGAGGCUCUUUUUGCAGACAAAUGAAGGAUUCCUUUGUUAUAAAUGUUAAAAGCUGCAUAAAAUUGUGCAUUAAUUUGUGGUUUUCUAUCACAUAAUUCCCUCAAAACCAGAAUAAAUGUAAUAUUUAUCAAAUGACGGAUUUAAGAUGCUCAGGGUGAAGGAAGACUUUUGCAGAGCAGUGUGUGUUUCUAACCACUCUAACAGACUUAAGCAGCCUUAUGGGCUGUGUGUUUUACGGUUUGUGCAUUUAACCAGUUCCUGCGUUUUAUCGUCAUGUAGAGCGCGGUAAGUGAACCGAGCGCUUCAGAGCAACGUGCAAGCUUUGUGUGUGAACCUGAACUGCCUUUAAAGUACUUCUUCACAGUGAAGUUUUAAUAGCCCUUUGGUUAUUUUACAGAAAUGCUCAUAGGAUUGGACAGCAGCUUGAAGGCUAACAGCAAGGAGCUGUGCACUCUGGAGACUCAGAUGUAGUUUUUUUUCUUCCUCUAUAAAUUUUUUUAAUUCCCACAUGUCUUUAUUUGCAGAUAAAACCGUGUAUUUUAUUUUUUUUAUUACUUUUUUAACCUCGACAGCUUUGCUUAAAUUGUCUCAUUUUUGGAUUUGUGUAGUGUUGUUUGUAGAUCAAUGAUCCUCUUCUUCUAAAAUUUUCUGAAAAUGUCAAUUUCUCAAAAUUUACAGCUGCCCAAAGUCCAAACGGCAUAAUGGUGGUAAAGAAUUGACCAGGAAAAAUACAGAAAUCUGUUAACAGGCCACGUAUGCCAUUUAAUUCCUUUUUUCUUCUGAUAUUUCAUAUAUAUUUAUAUAUAUAUAUCUACAUUUCUGUCUGUAGGAAUAGCAGUUACAGCAGAUUUUAGGAAUGCAUGGUAAUCAGUCAAUUUAAUCUCUAGGAUUGAGCCAAAAUGUGGUGAAAUAAUUUAAAGUAUACUGUAGGCUGCAUGUAUUUGUUCAUGUUUGUUUUGAAUAAGUCAGCCAUAGGUCAUGUUAGUUAUUUUAAUCCACUGUUGAUCAGAGUAGAGGAGUUAAACUGUGUGUUUGCGUGGUUCCUUUUUUUUUUUUUACUGAAGAUUUUCUUUCUAAAUUUUGCUGAUUUCAUUUUUUUUUCCUCGUUUUCCCCUCAGAGAUGCUCGUGUCGUGAAGGACAUUACAACUGGCAAAUCAAAAGGGAUGCAGAAAAUGCAAUCUCUCACAUGGCGGGUCAGUGGCUCGGAGGGCGGCAGAUCAGGACAAACUGGGCGACGCGUAAACCUCCGGCCCCAAAAAGUGCUCAGGACAACGGCUCAAAGCAGCUGAGGUUUGAUGACGUGGUGAAUCAGUCGAGUCCACAGAACUGCACGGUGUACUGCGGCGGGAUCCAGUCGGGUCUCACAGAACAUCUGAUCCGACAGACGUUUUCACCAUUUGGUCAAAUCAUGGAGGUCAGGGUAUUUCCAGAGAAAGGAUAUUCAUUCAUCAGGUUCUCCACCCAUGACAGCGCUGCGCACGCCAUCGUCUCUGUAAACGGGACAGUCAUUGAGGGACAGAUGGUGAAGUGCUACUGGGGCAAAGAGUCUCCUGACAUGGCAAAAAGCUCGCAGCAGGUGGAUUACAGCCAGUGGGGCCAGUGGAGCCAGGUGUACGGAGACCCGCAGCAGCAGCAGCAGCAGCAGCAGCAGCAGCAGCAGCAACAGCAGCAGCAGCAGCAGCAGUACGGCCAGUACAUGGCCAACGGCUGGCAGGUUCCCUCCUACAACAUGUACGGACAGACAUGGAGCCAGCAGGGAUACGGAGCCGAGCAGUCGCAGUCGACAGCCUGGAUGGGCGGCUACGCCUCGGCCCCGACGCCUCCCGACACCGUCGUUUCCAACGUGGGGAAUUUCAACAUGGCCGGCUACCAGAUGCAGUGAGACGUUUCCGACCCGAACACGCCACCAAGGGAAAAAACAGAAACAAAACGGCACUUUUCUUCUGGACAGAAACGAGAGAACAGGAGUCGUAUUUAUACAGAGUUUGGUCGUUAACAACCGGUUUUAUAAAUCACUCUCCUCCUGACUCAGAUUUUGUUUAUAUGGUGAUUAUUUACAAUUUUGAUGUUUUAGAAAAGGAAAACCAAAGCAGCUAACCUGGCCUGAAUAUCGAAGGAUAAACUAAAAGUUUAAACAUUUGAAAUCCAAACAGAAAAACAUCUUAUAGUCACUAAUUUUGCUGUUUUUAAAUCCAAAACUUGACAUUUCAAAACACUUUGGGACUGUGAUGAAUUUAGCAGCAUGAAUGUUAAAUUAUCCUCCCUCCCAGUCCUGAAAUGUUUUUAGAAAUAUAUUUUAGUGAAUUUACUAAUAGGGAUGUUUUUCUAAAACAGAACAAACUUUAGUUUUUCCUUUUCAUGCCGGGUUUUGACGCAGUUUUGCAUAAAUCAAUCGUUAUUGAAGAUUAUUAUUCGGCUGCUUCGUGUUGCUCUUUAAAAUAUGUCAGAAAUAUAAGUGGGAUUUUUGUUUUCCUGAAUAAAGUUUGUGUACAAAGAAACCCUAAGAACGCCAUCUUUUUAAAGGAGUUUAUUUUCAUCUUUUGCAGUGGAGGGCUUGUCGUUUUCAGACGCUGAUGGUUUUAUUUUGGAUGAUAAUGCAGCCGAGUUUGAAUUUAUGCUGUUGAAUCUGGAAAAGGCUGCACCUUUAUAGUCCCUGUGUAAAUAACCUUAAAACUUGGUAGAGGUGACAGGCUUUCUGCUCAUUUUGAAGCAGUUUGGUCAGAGGAGCUCUCUCUUUUUAAAUGUUGAUUUCUGGUUGGCAGCAGGAUUUAUUGAAUUUUCAUUUGAUGCUUACAAAUUUUAGCAAGAUUUAUUUAUUUUUGUUCUUUUAAAACAUUUUCAUUUCUAGUCAAAUUACAAUAAGACAAUUACUUGAAUCCUGCUGUUUUGGGUUUUACUUGUGCUUUUCUGCAUGGUGUGUCAGAAUUUAAAAGGCAUAUAUCAGCAUUUUCACCAGGAAGAUUAAUUAAUUUACAUUAUAAAAAUUUAGAUUUAUCAGCUCUUUCUGUAAUUCACCACAAAAACAAAAUAUAGACCACACAUUUUUGCCAGCUGAUGUGAUUCUAAUUAGAAUAAAUGUACAGUGAUUGUGCAAGCCACACUUUUUCCACAUAAAAUCUCCAUCUUUUACUAAGAUGCGUUGUGAUACGCCAGUCAAACUCUAGAAGUUUAUCUCCAGGUUUGUUAUUUAUAAACCAAGUUCUUUAGACCUAAAAGUGCUGGAUAAGAGGAAUAAAUACUGAUUUGCAGUCCAACUCAUUUGUUUGGUUUUGAUGCUCAACGUUGAAGCUAAUUAUCAGGGCUAAACAUGCAUGAGGAACUUUUGGGGAUUUAAUUCGACCUGCAGAAAUCAGUAAACAUUUUGUGGACAAAUAACUGGAAAAAGAAAAAAGGUUUUUAAUUUCUGGGUAAACUUUCUGCUCACAAACAACCAUGUCCACCUUAGCGGCGAUCCGUCUUAUCCUGGCUAUAAACUCUGCUGUGUCCUCUUACUUUAUUCCUUUAAUUUAUUUCAUAAUACUGAAAAUAAAACGCAUCCAUUCAACAUGUUCCUCUUUUUAAACCAAACAGUUUCUCCAGUAAAAACAUAAAAACUGAAUAUCACAGCUUCUAUAUAUGGUAUUCACUUCCUGUUUAAGAGCAGUGUGGUUACCAAGGUAUUUUUAUUGACAAAAAUCCUUUUAAAAAUGUACUGGAGGGUUCUUGUUUUCAUUUUUUGUAGAUUGAACCUCUGCUGUAUGAUAUGUGCCCUUUAAAAAGCUAAUUUCUGUGCUGAACGAAAUGUUUUGGUUCUUUUCAGUUCUGAAGUGUUCAAGGAAUCGCAAACCUUUAUAAAAUGUACAUAAUGUUGAUUAACACCCUCUAGAAGAAUAUUCUUUUUGAAUAUUUUAGCAGCAUAAUUUAUGAAUACGCCUUAAUUGAUUUGUUAAUAAAGUCAAACGGCCGAUUUGUUUUGAAAACGUUGAAUUUUUCCUCGUAUUUAUGUGUGUGCCAUUUCCUGUGUGCAGCACAGCGGCUGAGCUGCUCAAACGAAUCGCUUCGGACGUGAAUGUAAUUAUUUUUUGGAGCUGUUGAAGUUAGCAGAAAAGAAAACUCAGUCACUUCAAAUAAAGGAGCAUUUGUA